AUGUCCGCUCAGAUUAUGUCACUGUUUGGCAGCUUAUCCAGCUCGAAUAUAGACGAACGAGUCUCGGCCGCUACCUCGAUAGUGCAUCAUCUUACUCAAGCCGAAUCGGCUCGACACGACGUGGAUUCCGAAUCAAACGACUGCUCCAAUUCACCUGACCUGAACUACACCCUAAAACGACUCGUGCGUGGAUUAGCCAGCCCAACGCCAGGAGCUCGUCUUGGCUUCUCAAAUGCCUUGUGUGAAAUUAUCAACAGAUUUCCUGGACUAUCCCCUCUAUCAAUAUUCGAGUUGAUCCUAUCGGCCACCCCUUUGCAGAGUAACAUGAAGGCUAGUGAAGAACGUGAUUCCCAGUUCGGAAGGCUGUUUGGCAUCAAAUGCAUUACUCAGUCUGGCGCACUCCUCCGGAAACUUGACACACCCCAGGGGAUACGGAAAUCGACAAACGUCAAUGAACAAUCAACCCUCUUGAAACUCCUGCUUGAGGAACUCUGCGCGCUCGCUCGUCGAGCCCCAUGGCUCUCAGAAAGCGUCGGCUCAGUCAUUGUCUUGGACAUUACCACUCAGAUUUUAGAACAUCCAGAGUCCAGUCUCUCUCAGUCUGGCGCCGUGAACCAAAUCGCUGAAAUGCUGCUCAAGAACGCGGAGACUUUGACGCUUGAACAAAUAUCAUUGGCCAUAUUACUCCAGCAGCACUCUGUCAAACUCGAUUGGCCAUCGAUCCUGUCACAAACUUUCACAAAUAAGCAGAUCCUGAGCGAAGACAACCAUGAAAAGUUGUUUACUAUCUUGAUGAAUGCUGAUGGCAUAUCUUCAUCCCAUUCAGGAGCGAGUGAAGUAGAUACCAAGACAUCAUCACACAAUACCGACCUACCUAUCUGCCCUCAUUUUGUUCACGAAAUCCUCAUAUCAGCCUCUCAGUCGGCGAGCAAGUUCAAUUUGUCCAACUUCUACAAUCAACUAUUUGAACGCUACUACUUCGCUUCGAAAUCCAGUCCUUCUCGUCGAUCACACGGAUUUCUUAUCCUCAACAAGCUUCUAGCGUCUAAGUUCAUUCCAGACCAGGAGAAACCCAAUUUCCUCACAUUGAAUUGUGUCCAUACUCUCAAGGUGCAUCUGACCGCCACAGACCGUUUACUCCACAAGAUGGCACAAUCUGUCGCUUCAACUAUGAUCUCCCAAGUUGAUACAAAGAACGCAAAAGGAUCGGCUCUUGCGAAAAGUUUUGCAACUCGCAUCAGAGCUCUCUCGCCUCAUUUCGAUCACAACACUCAUCAUCAAUUGAUCCGGUCGUUGGUGUCUCGGAUGCUUUCUCCCGAGCUGGAACUGUGGACAGAAGAACUCAUCUCGGCCUUCCAAAAAGGCUCGCCCACAUGGUCUUGUCUUCAACUCGACUCGUCGAGUGAAGCACACGAAUCUCAGUCUCCACCCGAAAGCUUCCGAGAGAUGAUGCUAACCCAACUUUGUAACGUCAUCAACAUCAACACGUCUGCCUCUACGAUUGAUUGUGCCACCUCGAUUCUUCGUUGUCUUACCCUCUGUGCAUUUUUCGGUGAAGUUGCAUCCGACCAAAAUGGGAAGUCCUCCGUACGAAGUGCUGCGCCCGCUGUACACUUCUCCCCCCAGCUACGAGAGCUAUGCAAAGCCCGGCUGUACACCUGCUUGUUGGAACUGAUUGAUCGCACCAAGACGCACUCCUCAGACAGAAAGACACAUCCGAAGACGAGUUCACUGCAUGGCUUCAAACCUUCUGAAGUGAUUAUCGAGAUUGUCAAUUCUCAUGGAAGCUCCCAGCCACAUGAAGGACUCGAAACUUCGGAGUGCAUCAAAUCUAUCAGAAAGAAAUUGACGCAAUUGCGUAGCCGAGCCGCCAGCACAGAGUCCCCAAAACUUCAAAGCAAGAAAGAGGCCCUCGUUUUGCUUUGCGACAUUCUGUGUCUGAUGACGUAUGAUGAGCAAGACGGAUGGACUGAAGCAUUACCAUUGAUUGAAAGGUUGAGAAAAGAUAUUAACACGCUAUUACCACCCGAUGGCGACUUUGCUCAUCAUUUGCAAGCCUUGUCACCAGCAGUGGCGAAUCUUACAGGAUGUCUUUUGUUCUUACUCUCCUGGCCGAUUGCUCUUUUACGGCUGGUUGUGGAAAUCAACUUUGAUUCAUUCUCUGAUUGUGUUGGAGCCCAGAGCCUGCAGCUCCUGAUUGAUCAAAUCAAUCCACCAGAAGAACUUCCAGAGGUUGAAGAUAACGAAGACGACGAGGCCUCAGAUUCGCAAGCCGAAGAAGACGAUGACUCGACGGCCGGAGACUCCAGUGGCCUAGAAGAUUCCGAUUCGGGUGCUGAAUCUGCUGAUGAUAGUGAAUCAGUUGAUGAACAAUUCCGAAAUGAUGUUGCCAUGGCCCUCGGCCAUGCAUUGAGUAAACCAGCUGCAUCUGAUGAUGAUUCUGGCGACGAGUCCGACUUGAUGAACGACGAUGAGAUGCUUGCCUUGGACGCAAACUUGGCUGCCAUAUUCAAGCGACGUACCGGAAAAAAGCUGGCUCGAAUACAUAAUACUCAAGACCUUCACCUCCGCAUGAAAAUUCUAGAGCUCAUUGGAAAAUUUGUCAAACUUCAUCCAGCACCAGCCACGCGUGCUCGCUUAAUUAAGCCCCUUUUGGAACUCAUUGGUAAAACCAACUCGAGCGAAGCAGUUAUGAAAAAGAAAGUCAUCAAAAUCCUGGAAGAUACCACACGACUGUCAUGUAAUCAGUCGGAGCGAAGUAUCCCCGGAGAGCCUCUCUUGGCCGCUGAAGCAUCUGAAAUCAUCGCGGCAGUACAUCUGGUCGCACGAACUUCGCCUGCAGUGGACACCGCGGAAUCCUGUGCGAAAUGCAACUUGUGGCUAAUCGAAAUGAUCCAUUCCAGCACCAGUUCCUUCGUUUUGGAAUCCGAACGUCAAGAAGUGCUGAACAAACUCGUCGAAGCUCACGAAGAGGGUUUGAGAAACUUUUGCUCGAAACGAUCAUCUAAACUUCGACCGACAUUUUUUUCUGCGGUUUUUAAACGAUUCCCAGCCUUCAGUUGGCUCUUGAGGGAUGUCGCCCUUCUCAUGCCUCUCGACUCGUCUACUGUCAACGCUUAUCGCCGCGAGCAAGUACUAGAUCUAGUGUCGAUGCUGAUAAACAGAUAUCCCAAGUCGCCAUCACUGCUAGAUUUUGACGCCUACGUGUGUAAGCUCAAGGAGGCUAUUCUCUCGCUCAAGGAAGUUAUUGUUACAAGCAACUCUGAAGAAGAAAUUUCAAAGGACCGCCAGGUAGCGCUGAAGAGCUUGUGCGACUUGAUCAAGAUUAUGAACAGUGCACUCCGCAAGCGUCUGAAGAUCGGUUCGAGUGAGACGGAUAGUUCCACAAUAUGGUCUGACACAGACAUCAAGGCAUUGAGCGAACUUGCCGCCGAAAUCCCGUCGGCUCCUCAGUCCAGCACUGUCAUAAAACUGAUAGAAGGACUUGUGCAGUUCGUGGAGAAAUCGAAAAGCUCUCAAGUCAAACUACCUGACCAGCCGAAAGGGCUCAAGCGGAAGGAGGCCCCAUCGACUGCCCCUGCCACCGAGGCUCAGCCGCUGACAAAGGAAGCCGAAACCACGGAGCUAUCAGCCCCCGUGACAAAUGGAAAACAAAGAAAAAAGAGCAAGAAGAAUCGCAAGAAAGAAGCAACCAACGAGUGA